UCGGAGUCCCGGGACCCGGAGGAGGCCGAGCGCCGCACCAGGGGAGCUGCAGCCCAGCGAAGGGGCCACACGCACGUAGCCUGGGACCCGCGGGCAGCGAGGAGCCUGCGCACCACCCAGUAGGCUACGCAACACGCGUGUGUCACACACGAUUGCAGUCCUUGGUACAUGGUGUGGAGACCUACUGCAACAAUGAAUUACAGGAAGGAGAUGAUGCGCCGAACAGUCCCAGGACAAUUCGAUGAUGCAGACUCCUCAGACAGUGAAUUGACCCAGGGCACGGAAACCGUUAAACAGGAGGAGGUAACAGUUAAACAUCAGCAGUCAUGUUUGUCUGAGGAAGUGGACACUGAUGAAAUUGAAUAUGACGAUGAUGAUGAGGAUGAAGAGUGGGACUGGGAUGAUUCAGUUGGAAGACUCAAGCGUCAUACUGCAGCUGGAGGCUGCAACCCACAGGCAAAUAGACAGACCCCUAGUUGCAAUUCAGCAAAAAUGUCCACUCCUACAGACAAGGCCCUAAGAAAAUUUGAGCAUAAAAUUAAUCUAGAUAGGUUAAAUCUUGCUGACUCUGUUAUAAACAAAGUCACAGAAAAGUCUAGGCAAAAGGAAGCAGAUAUGUAUCGAGUCAAAGAUAAAUCUGAUAGAGCAACAGUGGAACAAGUAUUGGAUCCAAGAACACGAAUGAUCCUGUUCAAGAUGUUAACUAGAGGUGUCAUAUCAGAGAUAAAUGGCUGCAUCAGCACAGGAAAAGAAGCUAAUGUCUAUCACGCCAGUACAGUGAAUGGAGAGAACAGAGCAAUAAAGAUUUAUAAAACCUCUAUUUUGAUGUUUAAAGAUCGGGAUAAGUAUGUGAGUGGGGAAUUUAGAUUUCGUCAUGGAUAUUGUAAAGGAAACCCGCGGAAAAUGGUGAAGACAUGGGCAGAAAAAGAGAUGAGGAAUUUAAUAAGGUUGAAUACAGCACAGAUACCUUGCCCAGAGCCAAUUAUGCUAAGAAGUCAUGUACUUGUCAUGAGUUUUAUUGGUAAAGAUGACAUGCCUGCUCCUCUAUUGAAAAAUGCUCAGUUAUCUGACUCAAAAGCCCGGGAGUUGUAUCUACAGAUCAUACAGUACAUGAGAAGAAUGUAUCAGGAUGCCAAACUUGUUCAUGCAGAUCUCAGCGAAUUUAAUAUGCUAUACCACAGUGGAGAGGUGUACAUCAUUGAUGUGUCUCAGUCGGUGGAGCAUGACCACCCACAUGCAUUAGAAUUCCUGCGGAAGGACUGUGCCAAUAUCAAUGACUUUUUCUGGAAGUAUGGUGUUGCGGUGAUGACUGUCAGAGAGCUCUUUGAGUUUAUUACAGAUCCUUCUAUCACAAGCGACAACUUGGAUGCUUAUCUCUCAAAGGCGAUGGAAAUAGCAGCCCAAAGAACAGAGGAAGAAAGGUCCAGUCAAGAUAACGUGGAUGAGGAGGUGUUUAAGAAAGCUUACAUCCCUCGAACCCUGACCGAAGUUAAAAACUACGAGAGGGAUGUAGAUGUAAUGAUGAAAUUGAAGGAAGAGGACAUGGCAUUAAAUGUGCAGCAGGAUAAUAUUCUCUACCAGACGGUGACAGGAUUGAAGAAGGACUUGUCAGGUGUUCAGAAGGUCCCCGCACUCCUUGAAAAAAAAGAAGACGACAUGGAAUCCGAUUCAGAAGAUGGGAGCAGUUCUGAUAACUCUGACUCAGGCUGUAAAGAACAGGGAGAGUCACUGCAUCCCAAAGAUCAACCCACUGAUGCUGGCAUGGACAAAAAGGAAAGGAAAAAGAUGGUUAAAGAAGCCCAAAGAGAGAAAAGAAAAAACAAAAUCCCAAAGCAUGUGAAGAAGCGAAAAGAGAAGACAGCAAAAAUGAAGAAAGGCAAAUAACAUGUCUUUGAUCUUGGGGGCAGGGUUAGCUGUUGUUGACUAUUGGUCUCCAUCAGUUAUUUUCGCUCCAAAAUAUUCUAUUUAUGUAAAUAUAGAUUUCACUGUGAUGGUGGAUUGUUAACAAUCUUGAGAUUGGCUGGACGCAGCGUAUACCAUGGAUUUUUCGAUGGAGAAGAUUGACUUGUGUAAAAAUGUGCAAAGCCUUUAGCCCUCAAUGUGGGUGGCUGUUCUCCUUCUCGGACUGCCAAGAAGAAGGAGCUUUUUAUGAUUCUAGCCCAACACAGAAAAAAAAGAAGCACAUACUUGUUUCUCUCUUUAAAAAACAAAGGAAAACCCCAAUAGCAGCAUGGAUGUCUAGUUAUACUUUAUCAUGGGCAUUAGUACCAUGGUCAGUGUUUUCACAUGGAGGGAAAAUACAGAUGCACAAAUCCUUAUCUAGGCGCACAUAUAAGCACCUGUGGCAAAACUGUCAAUGGCUACAAUGGAAGUAGGACUGAACCAUGAGUGACUUUUUUUUUCAUAGGUGCUAAAUUCCCUAAAUUGACUACAAUUCCCACUGAAGUCAAUGGGAGCGGUGAGUGAUCAGCACCUCUGAAAUCGGGCCGCUUAUUUAGGUGCCUAAAUAUGGGUAUAGGUGCUUGACUUGAGGUACCCAAGUUUUGAAAAUGUUGGUGUAGCUAUUUAAAUGCUUCACCUUAAAACUCUUCCCCCAUCUAAGAUGCUUCUCAUACGGUUGAUGUCAAUUGGCUGCAAGCUGCUGAGAGGUGAUAGUUGUUGUUAAGCUUCUAAUAAUUCUUCUGUGUUGUGUUCCAUACCUGUUGUUUCUGGGUCUCAAUGCUCAUUGGGUGUUUCAGCGGUAAAAUUUAACAUGCAGAUGUUUCCAUUUUGAAGGAGAACAUCUGUACUGAGGUCAUCACAUAAGACUGCAGCUUCAAAUCAAUAUGGCUUUAGAUCCGCUUAUGCAAGCAGAACUUCGUUAUAUUUGUUGUCUGGAAUAUAUUUCAAAAUACAAGCAUAAUGUUUUGUGA